AUAAAUUGGGCUUCUGAAACCCUUCAAAACCUCUUCCCCUUGGCCUUUGAAACCUUGUCUUAUUCCUCCUUAUCAUCUCAAUUCAAUCUAGUCUUUAACAUCCUCUUCUCUCUAUAAAACCAUCCUCAUCAUCCUCCUUCUGCAGCAAUGAAUGAUUGAGAGAGACAAGGCAAAUGUCGUCUCCAGUAAUCUGUGAGAUCCUUCUCUCCGGUUUCACCAUCAACUCUUCUCUCAGGCGCAGGACACACUUGGUGCAAUCUUUCUCAGUUGUUUUCCUCCACUGGUUCUACGUUUUCUCAUGAACUAAACAUCCUCCUACAUAUAUAUAUAUAUAUAUAUAUUCCAUUAUCCGUACAUUGAAUCAUUAAGAGUAGGUAGGAAAUAAUCAAAUAGUUAAGUUAGUUGUUAUGGCUUCUCCCGGUGGUUCGAGCUGGCUUCAAAACUCAGGAUCGGAGGGAAGCACGGUGGAAGAAAGGAAGAGGAAGAGAAUGGUGUCGAACAGAGAAUCGGCACGCAGAUCGAGGAUGAGGAAACAGCAGCACCUGGAAGGCUUGAGUGUGGAAGUGGAUCGGCUGAAGAAGGAGAAGGAGCAAAUGAGCGGCAACAUAAGCAUGACCAUGCGGAUGCUGCAGAACGUGGAGGCGGAGAACGCGAUUCUGAGGGCGCAGAUGGCGGAACUCACCAACAGCUUGAACUCGCUGAACGAAAUAAUCGAUUUCAUAAACUCCACAAACAGCUUAAUGUUGGAGAAUGAUUGUGGCUUCGUGGAGCCUUGGAAUUGGAACUCUCUGCCUUUCAACCAACCAAUCGUUGCCUCUGCUGCUGACGUCUUCAUGUUUUGAUUUCACAAUUUCUCUUUAUUACUCUUUUUUUGUUUUCGCUUUAUCUUGUGUUGUGCAAUUAUCGACCUUUUCAUUUCCAUCUCUGUCAUUUUCCUUCA